AUGGCCGUCCAAGCCGCCACGCUGCACUCGCACCAUUUCAUUCCCCUUUGCUUUCCGGCGGCGUCGGGGCUGGGGGACUUCGCCGAGCUGGAGAAAGGCUACGAAGACGGCGGCGCGCCCCUUCUGCUCGCCGGCGCCGCUGCGGGAGGAGGCGAGAGCGGCGACGGCGGGGAGUUCAGGGAAGCCACCCGCGACCUGCUCAGCUUCAUCGACUCGGCGUCCAGCAACAUCAAGCUGGCGCUGGACAAGCCGGGCAAGUCCAGGCGGAAAGUCAACCACCGGAAAUACCUGCAGAAGCAGAUCAAGCGCUGCACAGGCAUGAUUGCGGGCGGCGGGGGAGGCGGCCCUCCGACGGCCGCCGCCGCCGGAAGCCAGGAGGCUAGCGCCGCGGUUGCGAAUACCGGCAGUGCCAUCAGCAGCCCUCCUCCCAAGCGGACUUCGGCCGCCGCCGCCGCGACGGCGCCCGCCAACGCCUCGGCCUCCGCGCCGCCGCCUAGUGGCGGCGCGGCGCACUGCAGGCCGCCCGCCAAGCGCGAGGCCAGCGCGCUGCAGAGCAAGAGCCUGGCGGCGCUCUUCGACUCCUUGCCCGCCGCCCGCAUGCAGCCCUGCGGCGGCGGAUCGGGGCCGCCCAGGCCCGCCGCCCCGCCGCCGGCGGGCGGCCCGGGGCCCUCGGCCGUCGCGGGCGGCAAGAAGGUGCCGCUGCGGAACCGCAACCUGCCGCUCUCCUUCUUCACCGAGCCCUCGGCCUCCAGCCGCGGGCCCGGGCCGGCGGAGGAGCUCUUCGACCUGCUGGCCGCGCCCGACUACGGCAGCCUGCUCCCCCCGGACCCGCCGCAGCCGCCGGUGUUCCCGAGCGGGCGGCUGCAAGCGUCGGAUCUGGGCCUGGAGCCGGCCCUCUUCGAGCCGCUGCACGCGCUGCCGCCCCUGCUGUACCCCGACAGCCCCCUGCGCCCCCUCCCGGCCGCCCUGUACGCCGCCCCCUCGGACCCGGCCGCGGAGAGCAGCCCCGGGGCGCCGGCGCACCUGCCGGCGACGGCCGCCUUCGCCCCGUUCUUUGCCGAUUGCCCGCUCCCGCCGCCGCCGGCGAUGCCCUACGAGUACGGCCCGGGCUACAGCCGGGGGGGCCCGUACCCCAGCCUCUAG